AUGGAAAUACAGGGGGGCACUAUUCUAAUGAAGAGUCGUUCUGCUGUGGAUCCGGUGGUGGAUCUGCUGGUGGAUGCGGAGGUGGAUCUGCUGGUGGAUGCGGAGGUGGAUCUGCUGGUGGAUGCGGAGGUGGGCAAGGAGGGGCUUGUGCCCAGCCAGUUGCUUCAUCAGGAGGAUGUGGAGGAGGACGAGGAGUGUGUUCUGAGCCUGGAUGUGGAAGAGGAAGAGCAGUAUGCGCAGAACCUGGAUGUGGCAGAUCUUCAAGAGGGCUGCAAACCUCUGGGGGAGCAGGGUGUGCUGGGUCUUCAGGAGGAUGUGGAGGAGGACGAGGAGUCUGUUCUGAGCCCGGAUGUGGAAGAGGACGAGGAGUAUGUUCUGAGCCUGGAUGCGGAAGGUCUUCAAGAGGGCUGCAAACCUCUGGGGGAGCAGGGUGUGCUGGGUCUUCAGGAGGAUGUGGAGGAGGACGAGGAGUGUGUUCUGAGCCGGGAUGUGGAAGGUCUUCAAGACGGCCACAAACCUCUGGGGGCUCAGUGUGUUCCGAGUCCAGCGUUAGAUCUUCAGGAAGAUGUGGAAGAGGAAGAGGAGUAUGUUUUGAGCCGGGAUGCGGAGGAGGAAGAGGAGUAUGUUCUGAGCCGGGAUGCCGCUCAUAGGAAAGUAUGUGCUGAACCAAGGGGUUCAUCUUCAGGAGGAUGGAGGAGGAAGUGUUCCAAUGAUGAGCUCAUCAUCUACACAGACUGAUGGUCCCAAUACCAAACCACAUAAAUAGCCUUUUCCAUCAAUGCCUUCUUCUAAAUUUGAAAACAUCCUGAAAAUGAUGCACCGUUUCUCACUCCGUCAACCCCUGAGUGAUCCUGAAAACCUAAAGACUGUGUCCACUGCAGAGAAGUGUGAACAUUUCUUAGUGGACCAUAUCUGGACCAUUGGUGUCUGAACAUUAUCUGCCUGCAACGAAGUUCUGUGCUUUUCCUGUUUUUCUUUUCCUUGGCAUCAAUAAAAUUAUGUUGAUUGGCUAAAGUUGUGUUCUUCUGAUGAUUGGGUGCAGUCAGUGGCUGCCCUGCUAGUACCUUCUUUGUGGCCUGGGAAGAUGGGUGUGGCUAGGGAUUGAUGUAAGUCAGAAAAUAAAUUGUUAUAUCAAAAGGGGGGGAAAGUUAUGUAAAAUCAUAUUGAAAUAUUUUUUGCUCUACAUCACCAUCUGGUGUUUCAUUUUUAUAAUGCAUCGAAAACGCUGCUUUCUGAAUAAUGUAGCUGAGUCCAAUGUCUCUUGCUUGCCACCACUUAUUGCUCUUGAUGAUGCAAACAAUUCAUUGCCCAAUUCAUACCGUAUGUUACAAUGGCAACAACUUGUGCAACUGAUAAUUGUCAUGUUGCUAAGGAGUGACUCAUACUUACUAUGUACGCUUCCACAGAUGAGUCACAUGGAAAAACAAUGGCAGAUUUGUCUGACCUUAUACCUUUCCAGCUGAGUACACUUCCCUGGCUAUCUAUGAUGGCCCACCAGGACUUUGAUCAACUUCCUAGAUUUGCUAUCCAUGUGGAUGGAAACCUUGCAGUGCUCCAGAUGUUUCUGCACUCCAGCUCCCAUCAGCCCCAGCAUUCAGCAUGGCCCAAUGGUCAGGAGUGAUGGAAGUUCAAAAUAACUUUUGUUAAAAAAAAACCAGAAGCUUUUCUUUUGGGAAUUAUAAGGGCAGAACCACCUAAAUUGUAUUGAAAUUUAUUUAUGUAUGCUACCACCACAGCAAGAAUGAUACUUGUCCAAAAAUGGAAAGAAGCAGAAAUCCCAUUAAAGGAAAAUUGAUAUAAAAAUUAUGGCAUAUUCAGAAAUAGUGAAACUUACCGGAAGAAUAAGAAAUCAAGAUAACAAACUUUUUAUAAAAGAGUGGAAAUGGUUUAUUGCAGGCAUAGGCAAACUCAGCCCUCCUGCUGUUUUGGGACUACAAUUCCCAUCAUCCCUGACCACUGGUCCUGUUAGCUAGGGAUGAUGGGAGUUGUAGUCCCCAAACAUCUGGAGGGCCAAGUUUGGCUAUGCCUGGUUUAUUGAAUAUUUACAGAUAAACUGCAAACAGAUAAAAACAUUAGCAGGAUUACUGUAAUAACCUGCAGUUUCAUAAGAGUAUAUAUGUGAAGUAGAUAAUUAAAUGAGCAAAUUAAAUAAAUUUGGAUAUGCAGAAGGUAUUGAAAAAUGAAUUUAAGGAACCGCAGAAAGAAGGGGGAGGAAGCCCAACUUUGAAAUGUUAAAUUGAUUGUAAAACUAAUGAAAUGUAUAAACUUCAAAAGUAUAAAUAAAGACUUUUUUAAAAGGGAGUGAUGGAAGUUGAAAUCUGGCAACAUCUGGAAGGCCAUAGACCUCCAUAAACUUAAAUCUUCCGAUUUAUAUAUAGAAAUGCAAAUUUAGAAAUUUAGGUUGCAGCAUCUGGGACUUCCUAGUUUAGUGGGGGGAGAGAAAGACUAAAUGAUGAAAUGAUAGAAGCUUAUAUAAUUAUGCAUGGCACGAAGAAAGUAGAGUGAGAAAGGUGUUUCUUCCUGUUUCGUAACACUAGAACUCAUGAACAUUCAGCGAAGCUGAAUGUGGAAGAUUCUUCUUCAUGCAACAGAUAGUUAGUCUAUGGAACUCCCUUCCACAAGAGGCAGCGAUGGCCAUCAGCUUGAAUGGCUUUAAAAGGGGACUGAACAAAUGAAUGGAGCAAAGACUAUUUUUUUAAAAAAAUAAUUUUUAUUAACAGGCCAAUCACAUCACAUUAUCUAUAUCACAUUAGUUCCAAAUUAUACAGCCAAAUUUAAAAUUUUGUUGGGGGUACCCAUACACCAAGCUCCGCACGAGUCCAAAACAGGCAUCACUUAUCUUACUGCUUUAAUUAGACAGUUCUAUCCAUUUUGAUCCGGACAGUCCUUUAUUACUUCCUUUCUCUUCUUGUUGUUAUCGUAUAUUCCUUUCUUUGAGAUCUCUGAUGAUUUUCACAAGCAGGUUGAAAACUGGCAUUCUGUGUGGGUUUUGUACUCUUCCAAAAAUCAUAUCGGUCAGGGACAGCCUCUGUACAACGCUUCCAUAAACAAAAUUAAUCUCCGGUCUGUCCUUUAUUUUUCUCAGGCUUACCAAAUAAAUCAAAUGAAUGGAGCAAAGACUAGCAUAGCUACAAGCCACAGUGGGUAUGGGGUGCCUCCAUGGGGAGAGGAAGAGAUGCUUCUGAAUGGCAGUUGCUGGAAACGACAGGACAGGAGAAGGGGGUUGCUUUCAGGUCCAGCUUGUGGGUUUCUGACAGGCACCUGGAGUGGCUGCUGUGAGCUGAAGAUGCUGAACUAAAUGAGCUAUUGGCCUGAUCAAACAGACUCGUCUUCUGUUCUUAUAUUGUCAUGCAUUUAAUUGUUUUUGGUGGUUCUACCCACCACAAAGGGAUGCGGGUGGCGCUGUGGGUUAAACCACAGAGCCUAGGACUUGCCGAUCAGAAGAUUGGUGGUUCGAAUCCCCACAACGGGGUGAGCUCCCAUUGCUCAGUACCAGCUCCUGCCACCCUAGCAGUUCGAAAGCACGUCAAAGUGCAAGUAGAUAAAUAGGUACCACUCCGGUGGGAAGGUAAACGGCGUUUCCGUGCGCUGUUCUGGUUCGCCAGAAGCGGCUUAUUCCUGCUGGCCACAUGACCCAGAAGCUGUACACCGGCUCCCUCGGCCAAUAAAGCGAGAUGAGCGCCGCAACCCCAGAGUCGUCCGUGACUAGACCUAACAGUCAGGGGUCCCUUUACCUUUACCUUUACUCGACCCCAAAGACCUUUACCAAUUUGAAAUGUGGUGGAGUAAUUAUAAGAAUAAUUAUGACUAUGGAAAAAGAAACUCUGAAUAUAUCAUAUAAUCAAUAGCAUGUUAACCCAUUGUUAUUUAUAAUAAUAGAACAGUAGAGUUGGAAGGGACCUUGAAGAUCAUUUAGUCCAACCCCCGUCAAUGCAGGAAUAUGCAGCUGACCCAUAGAGGGAUUGAACCAUGCUCUAACCCAGGGGUCAGCAAACUUUUUCAGCAGGGGGCCGGUCCACUGUCCAUCAGACCUUUUGGGGGCCGGAUUAUACAGUAGUACCUCUGGUUACAUAUGCUUCAGGUUACAGACUCCACUAACCCAGAAAUAGUACCUCGGAUUAAGAACUUUGCUUCAGGAUGAGAACAGAAAUCGUGCUCCGGUGGCGUGGCGGCAGCAGGAGGCCCCAUUAGUGGUGCUUCAGGUUAAGAACGGACCUCGAGAACGAAUUAAGUACUUAACCCGAGGUACCACUGUGUUUUGAAAAUGAAAAUAAAAAAAAUCCCACAAAUAACCCAGAGAUACAUUUUAAAUAAAAGCACACAUUCUACUCAUGUAAAAACAUGCUGAUUCCAGGAUUAAGAAGGUAAUUGGGCCAGAUCUGGCCCCCGGGCCUUAGUUUGCCUACCCAUGUUGUAACCAGCUGAACUAUUAUGUGCUUUCGAUGGUUAUUAUCAUUUAACACUCAUAAAGUGCCCAUAUCUUUCUAAGCAGAGUGUGUACAUACCCACACAAAGAGACACAGAUACCCUAAUCUAUGUCCAUGAUGACUAAGGCUCUAAACUAAAAAACCCCGUAAAACCAUGAAGUUUGGAGUCUAAAAUUAUCGCAAUACAUCAUUGCAUACAUUUGUACUGUUUAUCCCAGGAACAUAGGGAUUAUGUCCCUCCUACAGCUGUAGGAUUCCAACUCUUAUCAGCCCUGAGCAAGACAGCCAAUGGCCAGGGGUCAAAGGAGUUGGAGUCAUAUAAAGAGGACCACAGAUACCAUAGCCCUCCACUGGUUUAGCCCAGUGAAAGCCAAUGUGAUGCCCACCAGAUUGUUUGAACCACAACUUCCAUCACCCUUGGCCAUUGACCAUACUGUUUGGGGCUGAAGGGAGUUGAAGUCUAACAACAUCCACAAGGCACAAGAUUCACCACUCCUGAUCUAAAGAUCUCCCCUCACCCACCAUAACACUAUUAAGCUCAAAGUCUGAAAUUACCUACAAAUAUCACUAGCUAGAUGUGCGCUGUCUGAUUUAGGAAUUAGGACCCUGUGGUCUUCCAAAUGUUAUUGGAUUUCAAUAUCCCACGAUCCUUCACCUAUUUCUAUGAUGGCUGUGGAUGAUGGGAAUCCAACAUUAUCAGGGUGGGCAGCAGAUUGGGAAAGGCAAAUCUGGAGAUUAGAGUGACCCGCUGAAAAUCCAUAUAAAUGAGCCACCCUGGAGAACUCCCAUUCUUCAAAUCUCAAUCCACAUGAGCAGUGAUGAAUAAUACAUUUAUCAGCAGGCACGGGGUACUACAAAUCUGUGUGGCAAGGAGCUCAGCAUGGUUCUGCCUGGUGCUGAUGUGGAGACAUUGAUCUCCUACAGCUUCAUCUCUGAGUCAUUAGGGCUACCAUCCAACCACUGUCACCAGCAUCCACUGUCACCAGCAUUUCCCAAAGAGCUCUUUGAUCUUUAUAGAAGCCACAUGCUUUAUCAUUUGUAUCAUGGAACUGGUGUGACUACUAAUUAGAUGUAUCUUGAUCCAUCGAAUUAUGGUUACAUAACGUGUCAAGGAUCAGGUGCAAAUGAGGCUGCUGUAGUAUGCAGACAUGGUCUUCUUGGGUCCAUGGUUUUGGACUGACCCACCAUUCCCAGGCUCCUGUAUCAUCUAUAGGGAGGAGGACUGUUUAGAACCAUAUAAAAGGGCCUCUCUAUCCAAGAGUCCUCAUUCCCUCACUGGCCUUUGCCUCUUCACCAGCUGUCUUCUCCCCACUUGUUAAGGUAAGUCAGAUUCUGCUGGUGCUUGUGUCUUCACUUGCCCUGAGUGAGUUUCUAGACUUCUGCUAUCAGUGUUAACUAGAAUCCUGUUGUUCAGAUUGGGGCUACACCAUCAGGAUAUCAGGAAAAAACAGUGGACUCAGAUGGUGGUGUUUGAGGUUUUGAAACAAUGAAUGGAUGGGUGCCCUGAAGCAAUGGGUUUUCUGUAUCAGUGCUAGUUACCUUUUAGGUCCUACACUAUGUUUCUAUGGGUUGGGAAUCAGGAUCCCGGAGAAAUGAGGAAGGAAGCCAUUCAGGAAUUCCUGUUGUGGAUUUGUUUAUUCUCUGUACUCUGGACAAGAUUGGAGGGGAGUGGAUGACAGGAAUGCUCAGUCCCCAAGACAGAGAAAGAAGCUGUACAUUUCCACAGGUUAAGGUGGAACUUAAAUGGCUCAGGACCACAAUAUCUCAAGGACCACCUCUUUUCAUAUGAACCUGCCUAGACCCUGAGAUUAUCUUCUGAGGCCCUUCUUGGUGUGCCUCCUCCAUGACAGGUCCGGAGGAUGGCAAAAUGAGAACAGACCUUUCCUGUAUUGACUCCCCGUUGGUGGAAUGCCCUCCCCCGGGAAGUUCACCUGGCACCUUCAUUAUACACCUGCUUCCCCUUCUGCAACCAGUUUAGAGAUUGCCUGACAUAACAGGCUCCGCUGCCCAAAUCUGUUUCCAAAAGGUGAAAAGCCAGGUGCUUCCAUGAAGGGCACAAGCAGAACAGGACCACAUCAGCCCUCAACUGUGUAGUUAGAUGAGGUGGACCUCAAGAUGUUGUUAGACGACAAAUUACAGGAAGUAGGGUUGCUCUCAGUUCCUGCUUGUGGGCUUUCCAUAAACAUUGGUUGGCCACUGUUAGAACUGGAUAUAGAACUACAAGGGCCAGUAGCCUGUGGUCUUAUGACUACAAACUCCACCAUCUUUGAUCACUGACCAUGUUGUUUGGGGUUGGUGGGUGUCAGAGUACUCACAACAUCUGAAGAACACCAAGUCCUCCCGGCCUGAUCUAAAGAGCUCCACCUUCCCAUUGGGGAAGACUGAUUAACCUUCUCUCCAUGUUUAAGAGCAAAGUUAGCUAUUUUAUACUUGAAACAUCAUCCAUGCACUUCCAUCAUAUACUUGUAAUUCAAGAAUAGAUGGACAUAGAAGACAAUGGCAAAUACAUAAUUUUGGUGGUUCAGGGAAAGAGAAGAAAUCUGUGUUUCUGAUCUAAUGAGGUGUUGUUUUCCCCCCGUGUCUUUCAGAUGUGUGAAGAAGGGUGUAACGAUAGAGUUAUCUACUCUUCUGGGAGAGAACCCUGGUUCAAUCUGAACUCAACAUGGUAUGGCCCAGCUGGAUCCUGGUUGGACAACCGCCGCAAACCAUUUCGCUAUGUUGUAAACACAUCCUGUGUCACCGGUUGCAACCGCAGGGAUGAUGUACCGAGAAGAGGAGGCCACAAUUACCGAUGCUACGGCUAUCGGCGCUCCACCUGUAGACAAGGGGAAACCCAAGAGUGACCUGCUGUGUCCACAAUCCUUCGGGAGGACCCCGUGAUUACUGGGGGCGUCCAAUAGGCGAUUCGUGUGAUGGAAAUACAGGGGGGCACUAUUCUAACGAAGAGUCGUUCUGCUGUGGAUCCGGUGGUGGAUCUGCUGGUGGGUGCGGAGGUGGAUCUGCUGGUGGAUGCGGAGGUGGGCAAGGAGGGGCUUGUGCCCAGCCAGUUGCUUCAUCAGGAGGAUGUGGAGGAGGACGAGGAGUGUGUUCUGAGCCUGGAUGUGGAAGAGGAAGAGCAGUAUGCGCAGAACCUGGAUGUGGCAGAUCUUCAAGAGGGCUGCAAACCUCUGGGGGAGCAGGGUGUGCUGGGUCUUCAGGAAGAUGUGGAGGAGGACGAGGAGUGUGUUCUGAGCCCGGAUGUGGAAGAGGACGAGCAGUAUGCUCAGAACCGGGAUGCAGAAGGUCUUCAAGAGGGCUGCAAACCUCUGGGGGAGCAGGGUGUGCUGGGUCUUCAGGAGGAUGUGGAGGAGGACGAGGAGUGUGUUCUGAGCCGGGAUGUGGAAGAGGACGAGGAGUAUGUUUUGAGCCAGGAUGCGGAGGAGGAAGAGGAGUAUGUUCUGAGCCGGGAUGCCGCUCAUAGGAAAGUAUGUGCUGAGCCAAGGGGUUCAUCUUCAGGUGGAUGGAGGAGGAAGUCUUCUACGCCAUGGGAAAGAUGCUGA